CAUUUUCAUCAUUCCUACAUUAUUACGUACACUUUGACUCCCCUCCCAGAAAGAUCCGUCCUUUCUACUGCGACUGGAAGGCGUAAGAAACUUACAGAUAUUACAAAUCCCCUACCGGAAAGACUUCAAUCCAUCUUACGUACAAACCACAUGAUCUCGCGCCCUUUACGCGAUUGCCCCUCAUGCGGGGUCAAUAUGACUCCUCUCACGCCUUCAGAUCCUCUACAAAAUCUCUCAAUCCUUCGUCUGUAACUUCCUAAUACUCGAUUAUCUAUCACAAUGUCUUCCAGAGCCCUUAUUGACAACAGCUAUGCACAAACCCUCAAAGCCCUCCACAAACCAGGCGACCCCGUAGUCUUCGCCAAUAUCUUCGACCCCGCCUCAGCAAGCACUCUCAUCUCCCUCAAUGAAACCCAUCCCGGACUGGUCAAAGCCGCAGCGACAGCCUCAUAUGCCGUAGCAGCCAAACUCUCAAUUACCGAUGAAGACCUCAAUCUCUCUCAAAACCUAUCUUCCGUGUCACAAUUCGCUCCAUUCAUCCGCGAUGCCGGCCUCCCCCUAUCAAUGGACCUACAAGAUGGCUAUGGAGACCAGCUCGUCGAAGCCGUCACGAGCGCUAUAUCAAUAGGCGUCGUGGGAGCUAACAUCGAGGACUCGUAUCCCGAGAAAGGAUUCGGUGGUGGUUUGGCCUGCUUGAGGAGUAUCGAGGAAGCUGCCGGGAGAAUCAAGAAAACCAUUGAGGUAGCAAGAGAUGCAGGGAUUCCAGACUUUGUUGUCAAUGCUAGGACUGAUAUCCUCUGCUUGAACCCUAACCCGGAAGGUUGGACGAGGGAGAUGAUGGUUGAGGAAGCUGUGAAGAGGGGGAAGGCGUUUUUGGCCGCGGGGGCGACUUCGGUGUUUGUUUGGGAAGGAGCUGGGCCGGCUAUCACGACGCAGGAAAUUAAGACGCUUGUUGAUGGGUUGCAGGGCAGACUUGCUGUCAAGUUGGGAUCUAAGAAGGAUGAUUUGUCCGUUAAGGAGUUUGCUGAUUUGGGGGUUUGCAGGAUCAGUAUUGGUCCCAGUCUUUUGAGGACGGAUACAGAUGGGUUCAGGAAAGGUGCUACGCGCAUUUUGCAGGGCGGGAAGCUUUGGAGUGAUGGAAACUGAUAUGGUGGCAAUUCAUGUAUAAUUAUGUUGAGUAGCCACACUUCGAUGUUCAAUAUGCUGUUUAUUAAUUCUUUGAUUUAUCCUUCUCCGUUCCCCCUGUCUCCUAUAGUAGUUAGGUCGUCUUGAUUGCUCUCCCAUAUUCCAAGCACUCGAGU